UCCAGGAGUCGAGUUUAUUCCAGUCAGUCAGUUGGUUGAUAGGAAGGUAAUGGUAGUGUUUAGUGGUAGGAGCAGGUGUUUAACUGGGUCUUAUCAGCUUCCUGGGAGCAACGUACGUUUAACUACACACCUGACCUGGCUUUUCGCUUUUAAGGCUUGUGGGACCAGAUCGACUUGUGUGUCCGUCCCAGUGCCCUGAAAGGAGGACUGGUUUCACCAAAACAUCUGUACAGCGGUCAGCCUUGCCCAGAGUCAAGCUGGACAGUGGAGACCUUCAAGGGGGCGAGAGCCCAGACUUUGUCCUGAGACACAGAGCGAGCACAGCACAGAUGUGCCCAAGAGACCAAGAGACCAAGUCCAAGACCAGCGAACAGCAUACAGACUGCUCCACGCAGCAUGGGGAUGUUCCCAAGCCUGAAGGAUGCAGAGCUCAGGAGAGCGAGGAAGAGGAGGAGCAGGAGAAGAGUGCAGACGAAGGCUUCAUGGGGAUGACCCCGCUGCUGCAGGCCCAUCACGCCAUGGAGAGGAUGGAGGAGUUUGUACACAAGGUCUGGGAAGGAAGGUGGCGGGUUAUACCCCAUGAUGUGCUGCCUGACUGGCUGAAGGACAAUGACUACCUUCUGCAUGGCCACAGGCCACCCAUGCCCUCCUUCAGAGCCUGCUUCAAGAGCAUCUUCAGAAUCCACACGGAGACUGGCAACAUCUGGACUCACUUAUUAGGCUGCCUGUUCUUCCUGUGUCUGGGAAUUGUCUACAUGUUCCGGCCCAACAUGACGUUUGUGGCACCAUUCCAAGAGAAGAUUGUGAUUGGCAUGUUUUUCCUGGGCGCCAUUCUCUGCCUUUCCUUCUCUUGGCUGUUCCACACUGUGUACUGCCACUCGGAAGGGGUGUCACGCAUGUUCUCCAAGUUGGAUUACUCGGGCAUUGCCUUCUUGAUCAUGGGCAGCUUUGUUCCCUGGCUGUACUACUCCUUCUACUGUUCUCCCCAGCCCUGCUUCAUCUACCUGAUUGUCAUCUGUGUCUUGGGCAUCUCUGCCAUUGUCGUGUCCCAGUGGGAUCGCUUUGCAACACCCCAAUACCGUGGGGUGAGGGCAGGUGUGUUUGUAGGCCUGGGGCUGAGUGGUGUGGUUCCCACGCUGCAUUUUGUCAUCUCUGAAGGCUUCUUCAGAGCCACCACUAUGGGCCAGAUGGGCUGGCUCUUCCUCAUGGCUGUCCUGUACAUUACUGGAGCAUGCCUGUAUGCUGCCCGCAUCCCCGAGCGGUUCUUCCCUGGGAAGUGUGACAUCUGGUUCCACUCCCAUCAGCUGUUCCACAUCCUGGUGGUGGCCGGCGCCUUCGUCCACUUCCACGGCGUCUCGAACCUGCAGGAGUUUCGCUACACUGCUGGGGGCGGCUGCACCGAAAGCAGCGCUCUGUAAGAAGCAGAGACGGAGGGCACCCACGUCAGAAGGAGCAAGCGAUUUGGAGCAGCAUGUCUGUCAUCCAAGCGGAAAAGACACUGGUGGAAAAGGUCUAGGUCUGACCACCAAGUCUUGCUGAACCGUUGGGAGAACGGUUACCAAAAAGAUUAUAUAUGUAGAUAAUAAAUUAUAUAGAUGCAAACUAUAAAAAAAAGCCUAAAAAAAGUUCUGAUUUUACUGAAUGCCAUAUUUAUUUAUGGAAAGAAAAACACAGUUACUGGGAAGUUCGUGUGGUGAAUUCUUUUUUUCCAAAAUGGGCUGUAGCUGCUUUUAAAGGUCUUGUAAAUAAGAUUUCUAACUUUCACUUAUAUAAAUUUGUAUUAUAUACAUAUAAAAAAAAAUACAAAAAAAAUUGGAAGCGAGUUAAAUGAGAUUUUUUUUUUUUAAAAAAAAGAAAGUGUUUGCUGGAGUGCCACGCAUACUGUUGAAAUUGACUUUGCACAAAGUUGAAGAGAGAUCCGGGGGGCUGUAAGGCUGGAGACACUCCCCAGCAGCCCCAGGGGUUGAAUGCUCCUUUUAUGGGCUCGAGCACAAUAUGAGCCUGAGGAAAGUGAGCAGCACCUCCAGGAUCUACAAGUCAGACAAAUGCAGCUUGACUCCCAGGGAAAAUGGCUUGUGCUCUUCUGUAUUUUCUAGUAGAAAGUGGGAAUUGAUGCUUUCCGGGUAAAGCAAGGCCUAUUCUGAUACAGCCAAACGUCAAAAGGGUUAACCACGGUGGCACAGGCAUCUGCCACAAUAAUCCCCCUAGUCCUCUCCUUUGCCCGUUUUCCAAGGCAGGUGUGAGAUAUUGAUGUUUAGAGCUUUGAACAGGUUUCCUUUUUAAUGCGAAGAGUGUCCUUCUUCACAGUGGCAGGCCUGACUUCAUAAGUCAGACCCUUAAGCGCUUCUGCAAUAUGGACAGCUCAACUGACUGUGAAUUCUGCUUUAAUGGGCAAGACAGCAGAACCUUUCCGUCCUUUCCCUUUCCCCCAUCUCAUCUGAACCACUGUGUGGAGCGUUGCUGGGCUGAUCCCUUCUGCUUUGAUCUUUGCAGUUUUUAUCUGCCUUUCCUUUUCCGCCAUGUCUUGUCUGUACCAUCUUGUUGCCUGUGGCUGCUCUGUAAAAAAAAAAAAAGUUAGAACGACUAAGCACUUUCCAGCAGUCGACUGAAUCAAUGAUUGUAAAAAUGGCUUCGGAUGGGGAAGGAGGUUGGAUAAAAUUGCUUUAGAAUCGGCCAGCACUAAACAGCAGCUAUUUCCUUAUUUUGGAAGCCUGCUUUAUUCUUACCUUUGAAGAGAUUUAAAACUUCUAAGGUACCCCUGUACCUAGACAUUAACUGUUUGUAACGGCGAGUUAAUUGGGACAUAUGUGCACAUUAUUUCACUCAUCCUGGUUUCCAGUGAUUGUCAUCUAACGUCUUGUAGAGACAAAUACUCUAAUGAGCUUUAAGGAAAAAUUAUCCAGUGUGCUUUUUCUCAUUGAUGAGAUGGAAAAUAUGCUUUAAAAAACAACUGUAUCUUGUGUUUUCAUUGCGUUAUUGUGAGAAACUGAAUUAUCUGGUUGUAGGCUCUUCUAAACAAUGGUUUCCGGUAACUACUGUACUUCAGCAAGAAAUUGCUCUUUAAAAACUCGGCUGCGUUGGAGAAUUUCUCUGGAUCUCUGGUAGUGGAUUGCUCACCGAUGUUUCUUUCCUUUGUCAAUCAUUUGGCUUAGUUGAUGCACCGAACAAAAGUCAUGACUGUCGAUUUCAGUCAAGGUGUGUGCAAUUGGUGAAAAAUAGAAAUUUUAAUUGCCAAUAAUGGGUCUUGCUUUUAGGAUGAUUUAGUUUCAAAUUACUUUUUAACCCACUCUUGGACAGACACAAGAGGUUACAUGGAGCAGUAGUAUAUUACAAAAAUGUUCAUCCCUCCUUUUUUUUAAAGAAAGGGCUGUUCAGUUGUCUUCAUUGUUUAUGGACAGAGCUGAGGCUGAUUAAUGGUAAAUGCACUGUGAUGCAUAUUCUCCAACAUACAUCCUUUCGACUUUAGUUAAACAUCUCAAAAGAAGGAACCCUUUGCUGCAGUUGUUAUAUCUAAGUUAUAAAGCCCAGUUAUAAAGCACUCUUUGACAUGCAGGCUGGGUUGUCCUGUCAUACUGUCCCUCUAGCUGUGCCCCAGUGAUAUAUCUGGUGUUGUUGACAAAGUAGUAUGAAUGGCUGCUGGGAAGAGAUGCACUUGAGUCAGCAGGUCUCGGUACCUAAGUGCAAUUCUUUGACAUCGUCUCCUUCACAAAUGACCCAGUUCUCCGUCUGCACUUAUUUUCACUAUCUCCAGUUUCUCUUGCAACAGCUUGACCUUUUCUGAACUGAGACCACAGAGUUCUUUGUCACUCUACUGUCUUGCUUAGCAGUGAAUUUCUGUUCUGGUUUCUUGCUCCUUGAAGAGUAGUCAGUGUCGGGUAGAUUCUCAUUCAGUCCAUAAGUCCAUAAGAAGCAAAGGGACAGUUUCUUACACAUGAAGUGAUCUAAAAACAUUGACAGUUGAUUUAAAAAAGUGUAGCUGGAUUAUGUGGGAAGAGUAUUUGUUAUGGUGCAGAAUAAUGAAAGCACUCCCACAGAUAUCCAAAUAAUGUAUUUACUGUAAUGUUGAAAGUUAAAUAUUAUUCCAUCAUUUUAUUUGCAACACAAUAGCAGGGGUGGCUAAUGGUGAUAAAUUACAGAUCAGUAUCAAAGAAACAAUCUUCAUAGUAUUGCAUUGCGAGCGCGUUCAAAUCCAGUUUAUUUAUAAGAUUACCACAUGCCCUUCUUCUCCAUCUUACACAUAUUGGCAAGUGCAUUGAGCCUCAUGGGUAUUAGCAAAGUCCUAGACUAAUAAUUCAUGAAUCGUCACAUGAAUCGUACCAUGAAAUUCACAACAGUUCAGUUAAUUGAGAGACGGGAAUGCACCGUGGGCCACAUUCACUGAAUACUUUUUUUUUAAAUGAAAAUGAAUAAAGAAAAUGCAAUACAUGGGUUAGAAAAAAAACAAACCCAAAGACAGGACUUCUUAGAAAUUUGAAAACUUUAAUCAUUGCAGAAUGAAACAGGCGUUCAGUGAAUAUUUCCCAGUGUGCCUUACUGCCAGUUGUCUUGUCUUGAAUCUUUUUUUUUUUCCCAGUUGUUUGCUCAAGAUGAGACAAAGGAGCAGACAGUCGUAUUCCUGUUCUUCAGACUUGUCACCUGCUUCUUAAUACAUUGAACUGUCACAUUAAUGAGUGGAAUGGCCAGAAGCCAUAGACUUUAUUUUUCAGAGUUUUAACUGUCUCCUUGUAAUACUAAUGACUUAAUGUUCUCUUAAUUUAGCCUUUCCUUGUGUGGACAUGUCCCCAGAUCUGCAUACAGUAUUUCAGUAUUAAGUUCUUCAGAAAUGUCUGUAAUUAGCUAAAGGGCAUGGUGACCAUCUGUUUUUUGUGCUAAAAGUCAAAUGUGCAUGUCUCCAAAGUAUAACAAUGUUUACAGUACAUUUAGCCUCACUCCAGAACCUGGUUUUAAAUGCAGACAAGACUCACAAGGAACUUACGAUGAAGAUUAACUGUUGAAUUUUUACUAAUAAAACAGGGAAGGAGCAGAAACUGGAUCAAUUUUUGUUUCACUGGGAACUAGCUUUUACUUUUUCUUUGAAACCAGGACUCUCGAAACAGUUAAUAUUUAGUGGAUGAAAUAUCCCAGCAGGACUAGACUGACCCUUCACUUGCCUUACAGGAAAGUGCUCAUCACUGUGACAGGAACCUGUGUUUGAGUGCAUGUGUGUUCACUGCAUUCUCAUUAGGGGUGCUUUGACCUCUUCAACUUCUGUAGUUAAAGAGAGGCCUUGUUCUUGUGGCUAUACACUAAAACAAAAACAUUGAAGAAAUGGCUGUUUUUCUUACUUUUCCUUUUGGGGAGUGCAUCUUGUUGAAGCACAUGAAUAGUUCUGAAAGGCUGUAUGAUUGAGAGGAUAUUUUUAUCUGCUGUAUUGUUCUUCUAAUAAAAAAAUUUUUGAACUCUG